AUGUUUCAUGAUAGUGAUUCUGACAGUUAUAGUGAAGAUUUUCAAGGUUAUAGUGCUGAAGAAUAUAGUGAUGAUGAAUUUGACUGUGAUGAAUUUGUUAGUAACAAAACAAGUCAAGGUAUACUUGAUUUUGAUUCUGCAGAAUUAGUGGAAAAUUUAGUAAGAGAAUGGAUGGGUUAUAAUUGUC